UUGUACUGAUCUUUCCUUGUGUCGUAUCCUAAGCACAUAUACAUAGAACACCUCUGAUACUCACACCUGGUCAGAAGAAGAAAGGCAACUAUGGAAGCUAUGCUUGUGGACUGUGUGAACAACAGUCUUCGUCAUUUUGUCUACAAGAAUGCUAUUUUCAUGUGUGAGCGUCUCUGCGCUGAGUUUCCUUCUGAGGUUAAUUUGCAGCUAUUAGCUACCAGCUACCUGCAGAAUAAUCAAGCUUACAGUGCAUAUCAUCUGCUAAAGGGAACACAAAUGGCUCAGUCCCGGUACUUGUUCGCGUUAUCGUGCUUCCAGAUGGACCUUCUCAAUGAAGCUGAAUCUGCACUCUGCCCUGUUAAUGAAGCUGGUGCGGAGAUCCCAAAUGGUGCAGCAGGCCAUUACCUUCUUGGACUUAUUUACAAGUAUACUGAUAGAAGGAAGAAUGCUGCUCAACAAUUUAGACAGUCUUUGACAAUAGACCCUCUACUUUGGGCCGCAUAUGAGGAAUUAUGUAUAUUAGGUGCUGCUGAGGAAGCAACUGCAGUUUUUGGUGAAACAGCUGCUCUCUCCAUUCAAAAGCAGUACAUGCAACAACUGUCAACUUCCCUCGGCUUAAACACGUAUGAUGAGGAACGUAAUUCGACUUCUAUUAAAAACACGAGUUCUGAAGAUUAUAGUCCCAGGCAGUCUAAACACACACAAAGCCUUAAAGAUAUCUCUGGAAAUUUCCAUUCUCAUGGACUUAAUGGAGGUGUUUCGAACAUGUCAUUCUAUAAUACGCCUUCGCCAGUGGCUGCACAGCUAUCCGGCAUAGCUCCACCACCACUUUUCCGGAAUUUUCAGCCAGCUGUUGCAAACCCAAACUCCCUUAUUACUGACAGUUCUCCAAAGUCCACAGUUAACUCUACUCUUCAAGCACCCAGAAGAAAGUUUGUAGAUGAAGGAAAGUUACGUAAGAUAUCUGGAAGGCUAUUUUCUGAUUCUGGUCCACGACGGAGCUCAAGACUGUCUGCUGAUUCAGGGGUAAACACUAAUUCAAGUGUUGCAACAGUAAGCGGAAAUGUGAACAACUCUUCCAAGUAUUUGGGAGGUUCUAAAUUGAGUUCUUUGGCACUUCGUUCUGUAACACUUCGGAAGGGACACUCCUGGGCAAAUGAAAACAUGGAUGAAGGGGUCCGUGGGGAACCUUUUGAUGAUUCAAGGCCUAAUACCGCCUCAACGACUUCCAAUGAUGCUAAAUCCUGUGAUCAAGAAGAUGAAACAAUGUCGAUUGGUGGCACAGCGAUGAGUGCCCAAAGAAUCACAGUUGGUGUUUCGGAAAUUUUAAACCUCCUUAGGACACUCGGAGAAGGGUGUAGACUUUCGUACACGUACAGGUGUCAGGAGGCACUGGAUACAUAUAUGAAACUUCCACAUAAGCAUUAUAAUACAGGAUGGGUUCUUUCCCAGGUCGGGAAGGCAUAUUUUGAAUUAAUUGACUAUUUAGAAGCUGAAAAAGCAUUCCGUCUUGCCCGCCAAGCUUCUCCUUAUUGCUUAGAAGGAAUGGAUAUAUACUCUACGGUCCUCUACCAUUUGAAGGAAGAUAUGAAGCUGAGUUACUUGGCUCAGGAACUAAUAUCAACCGAUCGCUUAGCCCCUCAAUCUUGGUGUGCUAUGGGAAAUUGCUAUAGCUUGCAAAAGGACCAUGAGACCGCACUGAAGAAUUUCCUACGAGCUGUUCAACUGAAUCCAAGAUUUGCUUAUGCACAUACGUUAUGUGGCCACGAAUACACAACUCUUGAAGAUUUUGAGAACGGAAUGAAAAGUUACCAAAACGCACUUCGUGUAGAUACAAGACACUACAACGCAUGGUACGGGCUUGGAAUGAUAUAUCUACGCCAAGAAAAGUUAGAGUUCUCAGAGCAUCACUUCAGAAUGGCUUUCCUAAUAAACCCGAGUUCGUCUGUUAUAAUGUCUUAUUUAGGGACAUCUUUACACGCCUUAAAGAAAAGUGAGGAAGCACUAGAGAUAAUGGAGCAAGCUAUACUAGCAGACAGAAAAAACCCUCUUCCAAUGUACCAGAAAGCUAACAUACUCGUCUGCUUAGAAAGAUUAGAUGAAGCUCUAGAAGUUCUUGAGGAGCUCAAAGAGUAUGCGCCUUCAGAGAGCAGUGUUUACGCUUUAAUGGGGAGGAUCUAUAAGCGGAGAAACAUGCACGAUAAGGCCAUGCUUCAUUUCGGUCUAGCUUUGGAUAUGAAACCGCCUGCAACUGACGUUGCUGCAAUAAAGGCUGCAAUGGAGAAAUUGCAUGUUCCAGAUGAGAUCGACGAGAGCCCAUGAAACCAUUGAUGCUCCAAGAACCUUGGUAUGAAUUAAUAUGAAACCGUUGCUGCUCCACGAACCAUGGGUACGAAUUAAUUUGUGCAAAGCCUACCUCUUUUAGGGAACUAGUUGGGUCUUAAAUCUUACGAGAAUUUUGUAGCUUUGGUACCAAAACCGUAACACAGCCACAAGAGCUUACCACAUGACUUGAGUAUGUAUCAUGAGUUGAUCUGUAUGUUGUCCAUAACUACUUAUUCGCAAUAUAUAAAUUUUCCACAU